AUGAAGAUGGUCCUGCUAGUGGUGCAAAGAGGAAGCUCACCUCAGCAGUUUGGAAUGAGUAAAGAGAGUUAGGUACAUGGGCACAACAAAGGCAAAGUGCAUGUAUUGUUUCAAGAAGCUAUCAGGUGAAACAAACCAUGAAACUAAGCACUUACAUGAUCAUUUGAAGUUGUGUACACUUAGAAAGAUCAAGACAACAGGGAACAAGAGUUUGUCACAAUCCUGUUUGAGGUUUGGUUCCACAGAAUCAGGUACCGUUCAAGUUGAAAACUACACAUUUGACCAAGAAGUAGCUAGAAAGGAACUUGCUGCAAUUAUAAUUCUACAUGAGUAUCCUUUGAGCAUGGUAGACCAUGCUGGUUUCCGAAGGUUUGCAAGUGCGCUUCAGCCACUAUUCAAGAUGGGUACUAGGAAUACAAUAAGGAAGAUUAUUGUGAUGCAAUAUGAGAUGGAGAGGAAAAAAGCAAUUGAAUAUAUGGCUAGUAUUGAUUCAAGGGUGGCCAUAACUUCUGACUUGUGGACGUCUGACAACCAGAAAAUGGGCUAUAUGGCAGUCACAGCCCAUUUCAUCGAUGAAUCUUGGACUUUGACAAACAUUAUCAUGAGGUUCAUCUAUGUACCAGCUCCUCACACAUCUGAAGUGAUUGCUGAAGAACUAUAUGAGUCCUUGGUUGAUUGGAACCUUGAUGAGAAAAUAUCCACAAUUACCCUUGACAACUGCACAACUAACGAUGCGGCAAUCCCUUAUCUGGAUGGUCUAGAACAUAUUAAAACUGCUAUUGAGAAUAUCCGUGAAAGUGUGGCUUAUUGGACAACAACACCAAAAAGGAUAGAGAAGUUUGAGGAGAUAGCUAAGUUUGUUAAGGAUAAGGUUGCUGAAAUCAUAGAUCUAUUAACUGAAUUGAUGAUUGAAUACCAUGUGGAAGAAGACUGUGACAAUAGCGAAUCAGCAGCAGCUGCAGCUCCAACCGAAGACAUAGAGUUCUUAUCUUCAUUUAGUGCAAGAGUUGCUAGUACAAGGCCAUCUGCUGUGCGAUUCAAAUCAGAACUAGAUCGCUACUUAGAAGAUGAACUGGUAUCUCUAGAAACUAAGGGUUUCAAGGUGCUGGAUUGGUGGAAGGUGGCUGGAUUGACAACAAGGAAAAAGGAGCAGCCACCUUCUGGUCUUGCCUCCAAGAUAUUCAAGAGGGUCUCCAGGAACUUGAACUUUGAGCAAAGCAAGUUGUCUGUUGUCUCCAACUCCAAGUGA